AUGGUCAGCAAUCCCCCCAAAAGCCGGAAUGAAUUCGAUGUCGCUGUUAUAUGCGCCCUGCCAUUCGAGGCGGAUACCGUGGAUGCCCUCUUCGACUAUCGUUGGGACGAAGAAAGUGAUCGAUAUGGGAAGGCUCCAGGAGACAGGAACACAUACCGAACUGGGCUGAUCGGUAGUCAUAAUGUCGUGUUGGUGUGCAUGCCGGGCAUCGGUCGGGGCCACGCAGCUGGCGUUGCAGCAAAUCUACGAUCGAGCUUUCAAAAUAUCCGUCUCGCCUUGAUGGUCGGUGUCUGCGGAGGGGUACCAAAUGGAGCUGAAAAGGGAAUAUUUCUUGGCGAUAUAAUAAUUAGCGAUGAAAUCGUGGUAUACGACUUCGGCAGGCAAUAUCCUGCAGGCUUUCGCCGCAAGGAAGGCAUAACAGAGUCGACUCUCAACCCCGAAGUACGAACUUUCCUGCAAAGGCUAAAGAGCCCGAGUGGUCACAAAGCUCUACUCAAGAGAGCCCGUCAUCAUUUGACGAAGCUUCAGCAGACUGGACAUGUUUCAGUCCCAGUGCUGAAACAAGACCGGCUUUUCCCAGCAAAUUAUCAUCACAAACAUCAAAAUCAUGCAAAAUGCAAGCGAUGUAGAAAAAAUGAAAAUUGCCAAAAGGCCCAGGAAUCUACAUGCGUCGAACUAGGAUGUGACCAGAAAGCCAUCAGCCGCUCACGUUUGUUGUUGGAUGUCAAUGAUGUCAAUGAUAUUCACUUUGGGCGAAUCGCUUCAGGUGACACAGUCAUGAAAUCCGGAACAGAGCGAAACAGAGUGGCUUUAGCAGAUAAUAUCAUCGCAUUCGAGAUGGAAGGCGCCGGAAUCUAUACCAACUUGCCUUGUCUCGUGGUCAAGGGGGUAUGUGACUAUGCAGACAGCCACAAGGAUAAGGAAUGGCAACUUUAUGCAGCUAGAACAGCAGCUUCGUGUAUGAAGUCUGCGCUUGAACAGUGGCCAAAGAUAGAUCGAUCCGAUGAAGGCCCCAAAACCUAUACAGGCCCAUUGCUUGAAGCUUCUCAUGGAAUUGAGCCAUCGGCUGAGCCUCAGUCUCAAUCAAUAUGCCUGGACGAGGGUUCUCACAGCCAAAACAUCCAUCCGGAUCCUGUCACCGGGACCGAUCAGCUCUUCCAAAUUUUGCCCGAGGUUGAAUUGGCAUUCAAAGAAACUCUUGCCUGCUUCAAACGCAAGAGCAUUCGCAAGUUCCUACCCCGAGAUUUUGGUCUCAAGCAAUAUGUAAGGAACCAACAAAUUAUUUACUUGGACUGCUUGAGAUCCUUGACGUCACAAGAUCGGACAUACGAGGGCAAUGAUCAGGCAUCUCAAGCUACUCGUCGGGAUGUUAUUUUAAGCAUAAAAGAAAAGCUUGAGGAGAUCUCGGAUCUGGCAAAGUGUCUCCCUGUGUCGACAAAGGCGACACUAGAUUCCACAAACGCUACAGAUGUGCUGAAAGAGUCUGUAGAAGACUUGGAAUCACGAGUCCAGGUUCUCUUGUCGUUGAUGACUCAGGCUGAAGAGCCUUCUUCUUUCAUAAAUGACACCGUUACAGCAAACCACGCGCGAAAUCGCGAGUUCAAACAUUUCCAAGUGAUCCAAAAGGCCGCCUAUAGUCUAUACGAUGCAUUAGGCACCGCGUGCAAUAAGCAUACUACGCAUGAUGUUCAUUUGUCUCUUCAGCCAAGUUUUGAACGAUCGUCUUCGCAAGUGCAGUUCAAUGUGGCCUUUUUACAGAAGUCCGCAUCCGCCAUGCAAGAGAUCUGGAUCAAAGUGGAAUCGACAAUCAAGUCGGCGGACACAGAUUCUCCCUCGAUAUCCACAGUUACUUCUAGGAGACUACCCUCUUUCAAACGACCUACGCAAUAUCCAGAAGCAUCCUCUUCAUCAGAAGUCAGGAAGAGAGUCUGCUUUGAGGAGCGAAUAGGCCCUGACAACCCCGGGCAAUGUAUCUUGAACGACCGAUUGCAAGAAUCCCGAAUCUAUACCUACAGCGGAACUUUUGUGUCUUGGUUGAAAGAGUUUUACACCGGAAGACCUGCCAAGGCUCUGGUGUGGCUUUCAAGUAUUGACCCGAUGCAAUGUAUGAGCCAGUACCGACGCAUUCAACUGGCCAAGUAUCUGGCUACUGCUGUGCUCUGCUACCAUGCUACGCCGUGGCUGAACACUGCAUGGCGCAGUGACGAUGUUCGCUUCCUCGGGGGGCCUGAAUCCCUCCUGCAGAAGGCAUCAUGUACUCUGCCCUACAUGGUCACGUCUGUCCAAGCAUCGUCCCAGUCCAGCUCUCCAUCUCAUCCUUCCGAGCUCCACUAUAUAGUUCGCAACCGCGUUCUCUUCGGGCUAGGGGUCAUGUUUCUCGAACUUGCAUACCAAACUCCCCUUCAAAAGCUUCGGCUUCCUAUUGAUCUUGAACGAGGCCAAACACCCGAACUUGCAGAGUAUUUCACUGCCCGUCGCGUAGUAGAUCAGAGCGCUAGCAUGAUGGGCGGAAGGUUCAAGAGGAUGAUCAAGAAGUGUCUGUAUUGUGACUUUGGACAUGACAGUGACUUUACGAGUCCAGCGCUUCAACAAGCCUUUUACAACGACAUAAUCGGUGGCCUUGAGGAUCUGGAAGAGAAGUUCCGGGAACUGCAGCUGGAUGAAUGA